UGCCGCGGGGGCGGGUCCGGUCGUCCCGGAGCUAAGUUGUGUGGCUCGGCUCCUCCCGAUCUAGUUCCUUUUCUCUGGUCUCUUCGGACCUGGCUGUGCGCGGCCGGCCUCGGAGCCGCGGAACCCGCGCGUUUUCUGGGUGAGGAGGACACGCCUGCCCUCGUCGAGAAAACUUUUCCUGCCGGCUCAGUUGGGGCGGUGGUGGCAGGAAGUCCGGACAACGACCUCUCUCCGCCUGCUAGGCGCGCCCUGCCGGGUGUCGGCGCUGAGCUGGAGAUUAAGUUUGUGGGAGCCCCUUCCCCACUGUAGGCGAGUUCCGCCUCGAGGGGAACGCCUGCCCCGGGGAGGGCAGUGGGCCAGGGCGAAGGCCCAGGGCGCUUGGUGGCGCCGGAGACGAGGUGCGGAGGGCUGUCCGGACCCACACCAGUUACCCUAGAGCGCGCAACCUGGGAGCAGGGAGCCUCCGGCGGCCUUUUCUAGAGUCCACAGUCCUCCACCUUCUCCGAGUGAGGACGGUGUCCGGGUCCUGAGUCUAUGAGGAAAAUGAAGUUAAGCCGCCAGUUCACCGUGUUCGGCAGCGCAAUCUUUUGUGUGGUCAUCUUCUCGCUCUACCUGAUGCUGGACAGGGGUCACUUAGACUACCCUAGCAGCCCGCGCCGCGAGGGCUCCUAUCCGCAGAUACCCCUGGAGGGAGAGAAGGAGCCAACUAAGGAGACCGAUAAAUUGUGGCCCAGAUGGAAACUAAGAACAUGUUGUCCUGGGAGUGAGUGAAGAAAAUGUUUCCAGGAAGAAGGAGUGUUUUACUGUGCUGCGUGCUCCUUGAGAUGAUAAGUAAGGCCCAGCUCUCGGUGUUACAAGAAAAAAUAGACCAUUUGGAACGUUUGCUGGCUGAGAAUAAUGAGAUCAUCUCAAAUAUUAGAGACUCGGUCAUCAAUUUGAGUGAGUCUGUGGAUGAUGAUUCGAAAGAUUCUCAAGGCAAUUUCAGCCAAGGUGCUGGCUCACAACUUCAGCAAUCAGAGUUGUACAUUCAGGUUGACCCUAGUGACUGUCUGUCUCUGUCACAAACUGGAAGUCUGCAACCAGAUGUGCAGAUGUUGGAUGUUUACAAUCUAAUUCCUUUUGAUAAUCCAGAUGGUGGAGUUUGGAAGCAAGGGUUUGACAUUAAGUAUGAAGAUCAUGAAUGGGACGAUGAGAGCCUUCAAGUCUUUGUGGUGCCUCAUUCCCAUAAUGACCCAGGUUGGUUGAAGACUUUCAAUGAAUACUUUAGAGAAAAGACUCAUUAUAUUUUUAAUAACAUGGUCAUAAAGCUGAAAGAAGACUCAAGUCGGAAAUUUAUGUGGUCUGAAAUCUCUUACCUUUCAAAAUGGUGGGAUAUUGUAGAUACUCAGAAGAAGGAAGCUGUUAAAAGGUUUCUGCAAACAGGUCAGUUUGAAGUUGUGACAGGUGGCUGGGUUAUGCCUGAUGAAGCUACUUCACAUUAUUUUGCCUUAAUUGACCAGCUAAUUGAAGGACAUCAAUGGCUGGAAAAACAUCUAGGCGUGAAACCUCGUUCUGGUUGGGCCAUUGACCCUUUUGGACAUUCACCAACAAUGGCUUAUCUUCUAAAACGUGCUGGAUUUUCACAUAUGCUUAUCCAGAGAGUUCAUUAUGCAGUUAAAAAACAUUUUGCACAGCAUAAAACACUGGAGUUUUUUUGGAGACAGAAUUGGGAUCUGGGAUCUGCCACAGAUAUUUUUUGCCACAUGAUGCCUUUCUACAGCUAUGACAUCCCUCACACUUGUGGACCUGAUCCUAAAAUAUGCUGCCAGUUUGACUUUAAACGGCUUCCUGGAGGCAGCUAUGAUUGUCCCUGGGGACGCCCCUCAGAAGAAAUAUCUUCUGAAAAUGUCCAGAGAAGGGCUCUUUUGAUUCUAGAUCAGUAUCGAAAGAAGUCAAAACUUUUCCGUACUAAAGUUCUCUUGGCCCCACUUGGAGAUGAUUUUCGCUACACUGACUACUCAGAAUGGGACUUACAAUUCAAGAAUUAUGAGUAUCUUUUUAAAUAUAUGAAUUCUCAACCUCAGUUGGGAGUAAAGAUACAAUUUGGAACUUUAUCAGAUUAUUUUGAUGCUGUGGAUAAAGCAGAUGAAGCUAUGAAAAAGAAAGGCCAAUCAAUGUUCCCUGUUCUAAGUGGAGAUUUUUUCACUUAUGCAGACCGGGAUGAUCAUUAUUGGAGUGGCUAUUUUACAUCCAGACCCUUUUACAAGCGAAUGGAUAGAAUCGUGGAAUCCCAUUUAAGGGCUGCUGAAAUUAUUUACUAUUUCGCCCAGACACAAGCUCAGAAAUUCAAGAUAAAUAAAUUUCUUUUAUCAACAUAUUACACGGCAAUGACAGAAGCCAGAAGGAAUUUGGGACUGUUUCAACAUCAUGAUGCUAUCACAGGAACUGCUAAAGAUUGGGUAGUUGUGGAUUAUGGUACCAGACUCUUUCAUUCAUUACUUGCUUUGGAGAAGAUUAUUGGAGAUUCUGCAUUUCUUCUUAUUUUGAAAAACAAACCCAUGUUCGAGUCUUACUCAUCUGAUCCCCUCCUAGAGAUGAGUUCAAUACAAAAAUCACAAGAUUCUCUGCCACAAAACCAUGUAAUAAAACCAAGUAUACAGGAGCCAAGGUACCUUGUGAUCUAUAAUCCUUUAGAACAGCACCGAGACUCAGUAGUUUCAACCUAUGUGAAUAACCCCAAUGUGCAAGUGCUCACGGACACAGGAAAACUUCUGGAUAUUCAAGUCAGUGCAGUAUGGAUUAAAGAAGAUACUAUUUCACAAGAGGUCUAUAAGAUUUCUUUUAUAGCACAAACACCACCCUUGGGCCUGAAAGUGUAUACACUUUUAGAAACAGGAAAACCAGAUUCAGAUUUGGCUGAAUAUGUUGUCUAUAAUGGUGAAGCAACAAGUGAAAUUUUCAACAUAAAGAGUAUGAUGAGUGACAGCGAACCUAUAAUUAUAGAGAACCCCCACCUUAUUCUUUCAUUUGAUAAAACUGGGCUUAUGGAGACAAUGAUGACAAGGGAAGACAAGCAAAUCCAUGAAAUAAAAGUGCAAUUUACCUGGUAUGGAACCACAAGUAAAAAAGACAAAAGCGGCGCCUACCUCUUCCUGCCUGAUGGUUUUGCCCAGCCUUAUGUUUAUAAAAAAGCACCCUUUGUCAGAGUGGUACAUGGAAAGAUUUAUUCCGAAGUGACUAGCUACUUUGAACAUGUUUCUCAUACAGUUCGACUGUACAACCUACGGGGAAUAGAAGGGCGCUCUGUGGAAAUUUCUAAUAUUGUAAACAUCCGAAAUGUAUAUAACCGUGAGAUUGCAAUGAGAAUUUCUUCUGAAAUAAACAGCCAAAAUAGAUUUUAUACUGACCUAAAUGGCUAUCAGAUUCAACCUAGAAUGACAUUGAGCAAAUUGCCUCUUCAAGCAAAUGUCUACCCAAUGACUACAAUGGCAUAUAUCCAGGAUGCUAAGAAUCGGUUGACACUGCUCUCUGCUCAGUCUUCCGGUGUUUCCAGUUUGAAAAGUGGUGAUAUUGAAGUCAUCAUGGAUCGAAGAUUGAUGCAAGAUGAUAAUCGUGGCCUUGGGCAAGGUGUCACUGAUAACAAGAUCACAGCUAAUUUAUUUCGAAUACUAUUAGAAGAAAGAAGUGGUGUAGAUAUGGAAGAAGAAAAGAAGAGUCCAGUCAGUUUUCCUUCCCUCCUCAGCCACAUAACUUCUUCUUUUCUGAACCAUCCAGUCUUUGUAAUGACAGCAAAAGUAAAGGUCUCCUCCGAACUGCUGAGUGAAUUCAGUCCCUUAGUGUCAUCUUUGCCUUGUGACAUUCAUCUGGUUAAUCUGCGGACAAUACAGGCAAAGGAAGGCAAGGGGUAUUCCAGUGAUGCAGCCUUAAUCCUCCACAGGAAAGGCUUUGGUUGCCAGUUCUCUACCAGUGGCAUGGGGCUGCUUUGUUCUACGACUCAGGGAAAGAUAUCAGUAUAUAAACUUUUUAACACGUUUACUAUUGAAGAUUUUGUUCCUUCAUCAUUAUCCUUGAUGCAUAAACCUCCAGUUGCCCAAAAUAUAAGUGUGAUCUACUUGAGUCCCAUGGAAAUCAGCACAUUCCGAAUCCGGUUGAGGUGAAUGUCCGACUUUCACAUUUGGAGUGGAAAGCAUUGGCUUUUAUAACUUUUUUGGUUUGACGUGCAAUAAGGGAAGCACAUUAUUUUAGUUUCUGGCUACUGUGAGAACAUGAAUUCUGUGAUUUUUUUUUUUUUUUCUUUUUUAAAUCAGAUCUGCAAAGGGGGGAAAAAGCCAUGCUGUCAACCAGGUUUUUCUUUUUCUUUUUUUUUUUUUUUUAUUGUUCCUCCCAUGAGCUGCCACUGUCAGUGUGAAUUGAUGCAACAAAUGAAGAAAUGUUUAAAGAAAACCUCUCAACAGAUUGUAUCUCAGGUUAAAUGCUGACUAAUUAUGUUUGUGUUGGGGGUUGUGAAGAGAUUCUUCAAAGUAUUUGCAUUGCUGGUUCUUCAUUAAUUUUAUAAAAAUGCCAUUUUACCGAAAUGGAAUAAAAAGUUUGUGGAUAAUAGCUAAAGGCCAAAAUGGUUGCAAUCAUUCAUACAAGCUAGAAAAAUGUUGUGUGUUGAAAUAUGUGGAAAAGUGCAAUCCCUCAACCCUUAUGAUAAACAUAGUUGAUAGUCACACCUUUUUCUAAUGAAUCUCUUGAUUCUUCCUUUCCUACCCUUUGUAUUUCCCUAAAUACCUGAUUUGGAAUCAUUCAACAGUAGAAAAAGAGGCAUAUUUUCAUUACUUGACAAUGUGGGAUAGGUGCAAUUUAUUCCAUUGUCACUAAAAUAGAAAAAGCAAUUCCAUAGGUACCAUGAACCUAUUUUAGGUACCACAAGGUGUCUUUUUACACAGCUCAUUUGAAUACAGGUGUUCUGAGAAUGGGGUUUUCUAUUUUUAAAUUACCAUAUCAAAAUAAAUGUGCCUUAUUUUUUUAUAAGUCUUGUUAAAUUUUUUGGUGUCCAUAUUCCUGUCUGGGAAAGGGGGGAGGUAUUGGGAGGCUGGAGGGGGGCCUUUCUAUGACACAUAAAUUGUGUAAUUUUUGCCUGACAAUGCUGGCCACAUUCUGAUCUGUUUCAUUAAAUUUGUGGUGGUGUUACUCUAAACAUUUUGACUAUUUGAAUGUACUGAGAUGUCAGAAAACAAAACAAGGAAGAAAAAUAUUGUUAAUUAAAAUAUGCUGCUGCCAAGGAAACUGCAACUUGAAGCAAGGGUUUUGCAACAUGCAAAAUCCAAAUACUGUUUCCAUUCACAGUAGUUAACCAUACUGAAAAAGAGAAUGCUUUAAAAUAGACCCUGUUUUGAAAUCCACUUAUAUGUAGCUCAUCAUAAUGAAUCUUACUAAAGACUAUGUUUGUUCAGCCAAUUUCAAACUUGUGUGUGCUAACCUCAGCAUAUAGUUCUAAGCCCAUGUGCCAUUACAGUACUUUUAUUAAAAUACAUUGAGGAGCAUUGUUUCCUUAAUGUAAAAAUAAACUGGCACAUUAGCAACAUUUCAAAUUUUUGUUUUCAGCACAGAAAAGACUCUUGAAUAUGUAGUUUUGAAAACUCUCUUUGUGUUAACGUAAUAAACUUAGUAUUAUCUGACUUUAAACUUCCAUUUACCUCUCGUCAUUCCAAAAACCUUUAUCUUAUUAGAACUAUUUCUAUUUCACCAUGUAAUUUACAAAUUACUCUCUGAAUUUUCACUCAAGAUGCAGCUUCUAAGAUACCUGUUGUGUUCAUUCAUAAACUCCUACAAUACCAUAUUGACUAAGAUGUUACAAGAGGGUAAUUUCAUGCAAUAAAUAUGUACUAUAAGUUUUCUUCCUAGUUUGGGGGAGGAACAAACAACUGGAAAACAACAACAAAAACCACUUAGUUUUGUGGACAUCUAUAGACGUCAGGAUUGCCAGAAGCACAUCCCAGGAGAGAUCAGUAUUUUUAUUGCAUCUUUAAUGUAUACCUUCCUAUGGGAGUUCACUGUGUUCUGUGGUUAAGUGGGUGUGCUUUAUCACUCUGGAAUUUCUGAUCAGAUGAAAUAAAAAAUCUGAUGCAAUAACAGUGGCAUUGCCACUUUUGGGUGUUUGAGAUGGAUCUGUCCCAUGUUAGUCGGGGUUUUUAUUCAGUGUGUGUUGCCACCAGCUCUUCACAGGUGAAGCGGAAAUUCUCUCUAACCAGCAAGUUUCUGCUUUUUAAAGUUCUUUUUAGAAUACAUCAUCAGGGAAAUGAGAGGAUGCUUUUGCUUUGGGUUGUGGUCAAGAACUGACUGAAUAAUUUUAGUGUCUCCAGCACACACUUCAAACCAUACACUUCAGUUGUGUUCUUGGUGGAUAUUUGCUUGAUUGGGUUUUUUAACAUUCAUUAUCACAGUUGUUCAGUUGACCAAGUAUUCACUGCUUUCUCCCCACCCUCCCCUUUCUUUGAAAGUUUAAUUUGGGGUUAUAACUGCACUGAUGGAGAACUCAGCAUCUUUCUUUUCUACAAAUACUGAUUAAAACAAAAUGCUGUAAAACAUCAUAAUUCUCUUCCCAUGUCUUUGUUGUACUUGUGCUGAAAUGUUUCCACAUUCCUCUGUCCAGAAGAAAAUGUUUACUUUCAUUUUGAUUAUUUUGUUCACCUUGGAAUCAACAGGUUUUGAUAUUUUCUCUUGGAAGAUUUUAUAUCUUUUUGGGAAUAUGUAAUAUAAGAUCUCUAAUAAAAGAUAAUCUUAUCCUGUG